CCCAAUAAAUUAACUUCAAUUGGAAGCAGGGUUGCUACAGGACGGUAGAUACCCAGGAAUAGGUUUGCACAGCCCUGGUUUUAAAGACGCAAAAUACCGCAACGGUCUUAACAGCUUACUCUGUAUCUUGUAGAGAGAUAGAGACGUCGGAGUCACUUGCAACCACCACGGCGGCACACUUUGGAAAGAACGAUGGCACCGAAAGACCAGCUGACUGGCGCCAGACUACUUCUUCGUUUGCAAACAUUCUCCCACAUGAUUGGCGACUUGGUUCUCACUGAGGAAUACAUCGACAGCUUGGAACACUUUGAGAUCAGAGACAGUGACGUCUUCCUCGUCACUUAUCCAAAAUCUGGUACGGUGUGGACCCAGCGUGUUGUUACCUUGUUGUAUGAAGACGAUUUCCCAGACAGUGUGGACAAGCGCACGCACGAGCGCAUGCCCUGGCUGGAGUACUUGGAGAGAGGCAUGGACUAUACCACGCGCCCAUCACCCAGGCUGUUCUCCUCCCAUCUGCCGGAGAACCUGGUCCCCAGGGGGCUGCGGGAGAAGAAGGCCAAAGCAAGUUGUCAAGCAGGGGUCAUCUAUGUUCUCCGGAACCCCAAAGAUGCCCACGUUUCCAUGUUUCAUUUUAUGAAAUUGCGCUUGGAUAACAAAGUCAAGGAUGAAGCACUAGACAGAUUCCUGUCCGGCCAGGGUCCUUACGGUAGCUGGUUUGACCACGUCAAGGCAUGGUACAACAGCCGAGACAAGUACAACAUUCUCUUUCUACGCUAUGAAGAAAUGAUAAAGGAUCUCCGCUCUGUCGUUGUGAAGAUCAGCGAGUUUGUGGGGAAGAAUUUGUCUUCUGUAGAAAUUGACAGAAUUGUGGAGCAAGUCACAUUUAAGAAGAUGAAGACUGAUCCUCGAGCAAAUUAUGACUUUGCGUCCAAUCGCUUCGACUUUAAAGGGAAGCUAAACUUUCUGCGUAAAGGUACAGUUGGGGACUGGAAGAACUUCCUUACUGUGGCUCAGAGUGAACGCUUCGACAGAGUCUUCCAGGAGAGAAUGAAGGACUUCCCUCUGACCUUCGUCUGGGACAUCAGUGAGCUCCAGCCAAAGCUCUAGGUU